AUGGUAGCAGUGGCAGUGGUGGUGGUAGUAAAAGAAGUUAUGGUGGUAGUGGUAGUAGACAGCGGCCCUGGUAGUAGUGGUGAUGGUCGUAGUAUUGGUUGUGGUAGUAGUUGUCGUGGUGGUAGUAGUGGUGGUUGUAGCGGUAGUAGUGGUAGCGGUGGUGGUCGUCGUCGUAGUAUUGGUAGUGGUAGUAGUAGUGAAAGUAGUGGUGGUAGUAAAAGUUGUUGUUGUGGUGGUGGUGUUUUAUUUGUUUUUGCCCCCGGUGGUAGUAGUGAUAGUAGUGAUGGUAGUAAUGGUAGUAGUGGUGAUGGUGGUAGUAUUGGUAGUGCUAGUAGCACUGGUUGUGGCAGUAGUAGUAGUGGUGGUGGUUGUAGUGGCAGUGGUGGUGGUAGUAAUAGUCGUGGUGGUGGUGGUGGUGGUGAAGGUGGUAGUGGUGAUGGUCGUGUUACUGGUGGUAGUGGUGAUGGUCGUAGUGACAGUGGUGGUGGUAGUAAUAGUGGUAGUGGUGGUGGUGGUGGUGAAGGUGGUAGUGGUGAUGGUCGUAUUACUGGUAGUGGGGUAGUAGUGUCGUGGUUCUAG